UACAUGCAAGCAUCAAGUUUGAUACUAAGCUAGAAGAAGAAAAAUAUAAUGGCAGUAGAAAAAGCUUUUGUUGUUUGGCAUAAGGAAGCAGAGCUCCUGGGACCAGCCAAGCCUACUCCCCAAGAAACAAAGGAAUUAUCAGACAUAGAUGACCAAAAAGGUCUGAGGUUCCAUUUCUGCAUGAUCAUGUUCUAUAGAGCAAAUCCCCUGAUGAAAGCAAAGGACCCUGUGGAAGCCAUUAGAGAUGCAGUAGCUAAAGCCCUUGUAUGGUACUAUCCUCUUGCAGGUCGCCUCAUUCAAGGCCCUGAGGAUAAGUUCAUGGUGGAUUGCAGUGCUCAAGGGAUUUGGUUCGUCGAAGCAGAUUCCAGUUUAAGCUUGGAAGAUCUGGGUGAUGCUGUUAAACCGCCAUGUUUGUAUUCCAAAGAGUUCUUGUAUGAAGUUCCUGGCUCUCAUCAGAUUCUUGGUUGCCCAUUGAUGAUAGUUCAGGUUACGAGGUUGAUUUGUGGAGGAUUUGUGGUGGCUAUACGUGUAAACCAUGUUCUAACUGAUGGAUUAGGUUUAGCACAAUUUGUGAAAGCUGUGGGAGAGUUAGCUCAAGGUGCAUCUUCACCUUCAACUAAACCUGUCUGGCAAAGAGAACUUUUGACUGCAAAACAUCUUCCAUUCAAAACCACAUAUGACCACCCAGAAUACGGCGUUGUCAGCCACGAAGACGACCCAACAAUGGACCACCACAACAUGGUGUCCCGGUCCUUCUUUUUUGGUCCCAAAGAGAUAAGAGCCAUCCGCCGGAAACUCCCGCCGCAGGCUCACCGGAGGUCAAACUUCGACGUGAUCACCGCCUGCAUAUGGCGAUCCCGAACCCGAGCCUUGAAGUUGAAACGUGAUGAGAAAGUAAGCAUUGCAUGCAUGGUUAAUAUACGCAACAAAAGUCCAGUCCCGCUGGAGAACGGAUAUUACGGCAACGGAGCCGUGACGCCGGCGGCGGCGACGGAAGCCGGAAGGUUAUGCGAUAAUCCGUUGAAGUAUGCCGUGGAGUUAGUGGAGAGAGCUAAGGAGAGAGUGAACGAGGAUUAUGUUAAGUCGGUGGUUAAUUACAUGGAUUUAAAGGGGCGGCCGCCGAUUUUAAGGUCGGAGAGAAACUAUGUUGUUUCGGAUUCGUCUAAGUUGGGGUUUGAUAAAGUGGAUUUUGGGUGGGGGAAGCCGGUGUACGGCGGCACCAUGGAGGGAGGAUCGGGGAAUAAUAGCAUUUAUGCUCCUUACCGGAAUAGCGACGGAGAAGCCGGCGUGUUGGUGCCGGUUUUUCUGCCGGCGGCGGCGAUGGAGAGGUUUGAAGUGGAGUUGAAGAAGUUGACAGCUAUGGAGAGUGGUGAAUUUUUUGAGCCAUUAAAACCAUUUCUUAAUUCUGCUCUCUAAAGCCACGUAUAGUACUUUCCCUUUGCUUGUUUUGCUUAUUUGGUGUAAUUUGUUGGGUUGGGGGUAGGUUUGGGAUGGGGGCGGGGGGAUAGAAACUACUUUAAAAUGAA